UGGUAUGGUAGUGACGUCAUCAAAUUGGCUAAAAAAUAAUCGCAGCUGGACAUCACGUCAGUAUUUUUAAUAUUAGAAGCGGUACGGUCCUUUCAUUGUCACCCUAAAGAGAAUUCCAGUUUUCUCCGUAAAUAGUUUUUUUUUUUUCAAUGAAUACCGUAUUUAUUAAAAUGUAUGUGAGUUUGUGAAGGCUGACCCGGAAAUGGUCUAGUAGUGACGUCAUCGAAUCAGCCUAAAAUAUUCGCAGCUGGACAUCACGUAUUUUGAUAGUUUGAAGCGGCGGUGAACGAGGCGGAGUUGGUAAUAGGUUUGUGUGGGUUUAAUUAUUUGGCGUGUGUGUGUGUGUAGGCGGAGGGAUACCAUCAUGAGAACCGUGGCUGAAAAGAUGUUAAGGACCUGUAACAAACUACUCACAAGAAAAACCCCAAAUGAUGAUACAGAGGCUCACCCCUCCAACGUCGAUAUGGCGGCCCAUAUGGAGAACGUCCAACACCUGGAGAACGUCCAACACCUGCACAAUAUUGAGGCCGCCAGCGGGUACGUGCGUCACGUGGAGGCGGUGGCCGAGCGGGCCCAUCACGGCGGCGGUUGGCUACUGUCUGGCAUCGUCUGCAUCAACAUUCUCAUCCUGGGCUGCGCUCUGGUCAGCAGCAGCGCCUUCGACGGCGUGGCCGUCACGGCCGUGCACAAGCAGAUUUUCCUCAUGGUGCUGCUGCUGGCCACCAUGCUGUGGAUGCUCUUCUACACCUUCUUCACCUUCCGCAAGAACAAAGCCGUGAUGACUGAGGACAGCCAUGCCGGUCCUGUGUGGCUACGAGGUGGUCUGGUGCUGUUCGGCCUGCUGAGUCUCCUCAUGGACGUCUUCAAGAUCGGCAACUACGUGGGCUACCUUCGCUGCGACUCUGCCGUCAAAGUGGCCUUCCCUGCCGUCCAAGCCGUCUUUUUGAUCAUUCAGACUUACUUCCUGUGGGUCCACGCCAAGGACUGCGUGCAGCUCCAUACGAACGUCACGCGGUGCGGCCUCACGCUCACCCUGUCCUCGAACCUGGUGGUGUGGAUGUCUGCGGUUACCGAGGAGUCUCUCCACCAGACGGACGCUCCCUACGUGAACAUGAGCGCCCCACACAGGAUGUACAGAGCCGCUUACGUCACCAAGUGCAACUGCAGCCACUCGGCGUGCAGCACCUUCGAGGAGGCCUUCUACUACCUGUACCCUUUCAACAUCGAGUACAGCCUCUUCGCCUCCGCCAUGGCCUACGUCAUGUGGAAGAACGUGGGCCGCCUGGUGGAGGACCACGGCCACCGCCACGUCGGAUUCCGGCCCAAGGAGGCACGCCUGGGCCCGGUGGCGGGCCUGCUCUUGGUGGUAGUGGGACUGGUGACGUUCAUCGUCUACGAAGUGGAGAUGGCCCAGGAAGACCGGGGCGAGCAGUCGCACGCCCUCCUCAUCCAUUUCGUCAUGAACAUAGUCAUCGUAAGCCUCAUGUGCGUCUUCACCGUCGUGGGCUGCGUGGUGUACCGGCUGGACCAGCGGGAGCACGUCUCGGAGAAGAACCCCACCCGCAGCCUGGACGUGCAGCUCCUGGUGGGGGCCUCCAUGGGGCAGUUCAUCAUCAGCUACUUCAGCAUCGUCGCCACGGUGGCCGAGGGGGCCCGAGGCUACCUGAACGCCCUCAACCUGGCGUGGGGGGUCGUGAUGGUGGUGCAGCUGGGCCUGCAGAACUACUUCAUCAUCGAGGGGCUGCACCGGGAGCCCUUCCACUCCAUGCGAGAGGCGGCCCUGCACAGCAACGCGCACGCCUCGCAGGAACACUCGGAGGCGAGCGCCGUCACGGGGGCCCGCGAGUCCAGCUGCCCGUUGACGUCCGUCACGCGGCUCAGCUGGAAAAGGAGAGUGCUGAAGGAAGUGUGCGCCUUUCUGCUGCUAGCUAACGUCAUUCUGUGGAUUAUGCCCGCCUUUGGUGCUCGCCCCCAGUUUGAUCACAGCGUGGAGAUCAAGUUCUACAAGUUCACUAUGUGGGCUGCUAUUGUCAAUAUAGGACUCCCUUUCGGGAUAUUCUACCGCAUGCACACAGUCGCCAGUCUUUUUGAGGUCUAUGUUAUAACAUAGGUUGGCCUCUUUCCAUUUCCAAUGGCUUCUUUUUUAAAAUAGGACAUUUUUAAUUUUUACCAAUAAACUAAGAACUCCUUAGAUCACGUAAUAUGUGUAGUUUUACUUUUUUUACUUGAUCAUUAAAACUUUCAAAGUUAUACUUUAAACAUUACUCGUACAAGUAAAUGCUUUAUGAUAGUGACAAUUUGACCCUGGAACAGAUCAAUUCACUGCAUUUUUAAUGGUGAAAAUUGUUUUGAAAAUGAGAGCAUUGGAGUCUGCCAGGCGACUCUGCAUUGUCAAGUCAGGUUUAAGUUGGGUGAACGCGUCACAGGAGGAGAACAUGUGAUCAGCGUUCUGGCAAUUUUCCAAAUUAUAUUGGGAAAUAUUUAUGAAAUAUUUAUUUGAAUGUACAACACCCAAAACCAGUGAAGUUGGCACGUUGUGUAAACGGUAAAUAAAAACUGAAUACAAUAAUUUGCAU